AUCGAUAAAAGUCAAUUUUUGCAGAUACUCUAAAUAAUUUAUUUUCAACAUUUGAUCGUAUCUGUUUAAUUAUUUCAAAAUGAAAAAUGUUUUCGGAAUACUUUCGUUCAUAUAAAACCGUUCCGAGUUCCAUAAAUGGCUCUUCGGUAUUGGCACGUCGAACGAACAAUACUAUGGACCUAUGACCCAGUGACAGAAAGAGAGAUAAAGGGAGAAAGAUAGAAGGAGAGUGGGACAUAAAGGUUAAGAUUGGGAGAGUGAAACGAAAGAAUUUAACAAUGAUGACAUUGGAAAGAGAUAAAAACGAAUCUGAAGUUCCAGGUAUUCCAUUCGAAGAUUUGUCAAAAGAAUUUCUUUUAAUGCGCGUUAAAGGUGGUACAAAAAUUAGAAAUGUCUUGGGAUACGCAAUAAAGGAAUUUUCGAAUCACGAUUGUAUUGUUUGGACUGGUGUUGGAGAAGCUGUCGGUAAAGUAAUUUCCUGUAGUGAACUUUUUAAAACUAUAUAUAAAGGAUUACAUCAAGUUACAAGAUUACGUUAUAUUGUAUCAAAAAAUUCAGAAAAUGCGAGUAAAGAUGUAAAAGAAGAAAUUCGCCGUGUACCAGAAAUUCAUAUUUUAUUAUCAAAAGAGGCGAAAGACAUUACAGUAUCUGGUUAUCAAGCUCCAGAUGACCCCGGACAAUUCAAUUUUCAAAACGAUACCAGUCAAAUGAAAUUAAAUAAAACUAAUAGUAAUAGCAAUAGUAAUAGUAAUAGUAAUAGUAAUAGUAAUAGUAAUAGUAGUAGUAGCAGCAGUAAUAGUAAUAGUAAAGGUAUAACUAAUAUUGAUGCAGAGAAAUUUGCUGCUAUGGAAUUAAUAACUGGACGAAAAAGACUAAAAAAGAAUCAACUAACGUUAACACCUUCAAAGAAAAAUAAAAAAGUGAAUAAAAAUGAUCAAAAAUAAUCAAUAAAUAUGAUAUAAAUAAAAAUGCAUUGAUUGUUUCAAGGUACAAAGUUUAUUUUAUAUUAAUACAUAGAGAUUGGUCACAUGAAA